CUCACAGAGUAACCGAGAGAAACGAGGGAAAGAGAGUAAAAAAGAGAACUGAAGCGACAAGAAAGACUAAAAGCAGCAAAAGAACAGUUCCAGAAAUUCUAAAAGAAAGUUUGAAAAUGUCUCUGAAAGAAAUCAGCCAAAGUACGGAGACAAUCCUGACCCAGAACUCCAUCAUGGUCAGCCAGAUGGAAAAGAUUGGAAAAAAUCUGUCCAACAUGAAGGAUCUGGAGAGCACCCGCAAGAACCUGAAGAGGGAGAGGAAAGCUGCUGCUCAGAAAAACAAAGAGCUGCUGAAAUCCCUGGAGACCCUGAACACACAAGUUCAGCAGCAGAUGAAGAUCCAGGAGAAAUGUGAGGCAGAAAGACAGACAAUCGCUGCCUUCUCUGAGAACAUCCGUGAAAGCAAAGAGGAAAUGGUGGCUCUGAGGUCCAAACUCUGGCUGGACGCAGAGCUGAAACUGGAGCAGGAGCGGGUGAAACAGGAGAGGAAAAUCAUGGAGAAGAAGUCUGCAGUUCUGAAAGCCGAGCUGCAGAAGCUGCAGAAAAAGGUCGGCCACCAAGCCGUCCUGGAAAUGGACUACAAACUGGAGUUCAACCAUUUCCACGCUCUGGAAGAGGAGACCGCCGCUCUGAAAACGGAGCUUCAGAAGCUGCAGACAGAAAUCCUGGAGCGAGACCAAAUGAGAGAAGAGUUCCCCGCCAUGGUUGAAGAACAAUACCGUUUGGAGGAACUAAAGAAAGAGCUGCAGGCAGAGCUGUCCCAGCUGAGAGAGCAGCCCAACGACGCCAUCCAGCUCCGCAUGCUGCACCAGAGACUCAGCCUGGAGCUGAUGCAGCUCAGAAAAGAGACCAAAGACCUGCAGAGGAGACGGGAAGGAGUCCAACGCUCCUCUGAGGAGGUGGAGGAGCUGCAAUCUGCAUGUCAGCAUCUCCAAGCAAAGACCAGGGAGGCGUUCCAGAUCAACUCUGACCUCACAGAGGAAAUCACCAGACUGGAAAAUGAAAUCUCACAGCUGAAAAUUCAAGAAGCUAGAGGUCAGGAGUGGACUGAAGAGCACAACAAGCAAAAGGCUGAAGCAGAUGUUCUUCAGCUGGACUACCAAGAACUCCAGAAAACCAAGGAGCAGCUGACAAAGUCCAUCAAGAACAUGAAAGCUCUGCAGUCUGCAUGUCAGAAACAUCAAGCCAAAAACAGGAAAGCGGUCCAGAUCAACUCUGACCUCUCAGAGGAAAUCUCCAGACUGGAACAGGAAGUCAGUCAUCAUUUGGAUUUGGAGGACAGAGUCUGUGCCGCCAGAGAGGAAAGUGAGAGGAUGGAGAAGGAAACUGUCAUCCUUCAAGGAAAAAUCCAAGACCUGCACCUCCAGAUGCAGCAGUUCCAGCAGCAAACGGAGGUUCUGCAGCAGGAACGUCAGACGCUGCAGAACCGACGCCACCAAAGAGACCAGAUGAGGGAGGAGUACUCCAGAAUGCUGGAGGACAUCUGCUGCCUGCAGGACCAGCAGGCAGGUCUGGACACGGAAAUCUCACGCCUGAAAGUGGAAGAGAUUGAAGCUCAGGAGUGGAUGGAAGAGUUCAAGAAGCAAAAGGCUGCAGCAGAUGUUCUUCAGCUGGAGAACCAGGACCUCCAGAAAACCAAGGAGGACCUGACAGAGUCCAUCAGGAACAUCCUCACAGACCAGGAGGAAGCAAGCCUGCACGAGCCUUCAUCCUCCUCUUCAUCAGGCAUCCAAAAUGAUGAGGAGGUCAGUUCUGAUGAAGAGCUCCAGCAUCCUUCUGAUGAUGAAGAGUCUGUGAACUCCAUUAAAAGAACAGUCUCCAUCAAAGAAAUGAAGGUUUUUCUCUCUUCACUGACUGAGGAAGAUCAAGAGAAAAAUGUGGGGGAUGAGGAAUGUGAGGAGGAGGAGGAUGAGAAAGUCAGUUCUGAUGAAGAGCUCCAGCAUCCUUCUGAUGAUGAAGAGUCUGUGAAGUCCAUUAAAGGAACAGUCUCCAUCACUGAAAUAAAAGCUUCUGUCUCUUCACUGACUGAGGAAGAUCAAGAAAAACAUGAGGAAGAUCAUGAGGAAUAUGAGGAAGAUGAGGAGGAGUAUGAAGACAUCAGUUCUGAUGAAGAGCUCCAGAACACAUCAGACGAUGAAGAGCUCCAGAACACAUCAGACGAUGAAGAGCUCCGGAAUCCUUCGGAUGAUGAAGAGUCUGUGAAAUCCAUUAAAGGAACAGUCUCCAUCAUUGAAAUAAAAGCUUCUGUCUCUUCACUGACUGAGGAAGAUCAAGAGAAACAUGAGGAAGAUGAUGAGGAAUGUGAGGAGGAGGAGGAGGAGGAUGAGGAGGUCAGUUCUGAUGAAGAGCUCCAGAAUCUCUCAGAUGAUGAAGAGUCUGUAAAUUCCAUUAUAGGAACAGUCUCCAGCAUUGAAAUAAAAGCUUCUGUCUCUUCACUGACUGAGGAAGAUCAAGAGAAACACGAGGAAGAUGAUGAGGAAUGUGAGGAAAAGGAGGAGGAGGAAGAAGUAAGUUCCGAUGAAGAGCUCCAGCAUCCUUCUGAUGAAGAAGAGUCUGUGAAGUCCAUUAAAGGAACAGUCUCCAUCACUGAAAUAAAAGCUUCUGUCUCUUCACUGACUGAAGAAGAUCAAGAGAAACAUGAGGAAGAUGAUGAGGAAGUCAGUUCUGAUGAAGAGCUCCAGAAUCCUUCAGAUGAUGAGGAAUAUGAGGAAGAGUGUGAGGAGGAAUAUGAAGGGGAUGAGAUAGAAUAUGAGGACAUCAGUUCUGAUGAAGAGCUCCAGAACACAUCAGACGAUGAAGAGUCUGUAAAUUCCAUUAAAGGAACAGUCUCCAUCAAAGAAAUGAAAGUUUCUGUCUCUUCACUGACUGAGGAAGAUCAAGAGAAACAUGUGGAAGAUGAGGAAUUUGAGGAGGAGGAGGAGGAUGAUGAGGAAGUCAGUUUUGAUGAAGAGCUCCAGAAUCCUUCGGAUGAUGAAGAGUCUGUAAAUUCCAUUAAAGGAGCAGUCUUCAUCGAAGAAAUGAAAGUUUCUGUCUCUUCACUGACUGAAGAAGAUCAAGAGAAACAUGUGGGGGAUGAGGAAUUUGAGGAAGAGGAGGAUGAGGAAGAAUUUGGCGAGGAUGAUGAGGAGUUUUCCGAUUUUGAUGAGGAUUGUUUCGACUUUGAGGAUCAUGUUGAGGAUUUCCUGGUUCUGUAAGGAUUUAGGUUAUUUUAUUAGAUAUCUAGUAGGAAAUAAAACAUUAGAGACAUUUUUAGAUUAUUAGAAAAUAAAAAAUGAGAGACAUUUUUAGAUUAGUAGGAAAUAAAAGUUUAGAGACAUUUUUAGAUUACCAGUAGGAAACAAGAAAUUAGAGAUAUUUAUAGAAUAUUAGGACAUAAACAUGAAGGAAUGUACAGGGUGCACUCAGCCUCUAAGUUUUGUUCUUAAUUCCAAACAGAAGGAAUUCCUAAAAUGUUUUUAUCAUAAAGUUAGAAAAAUGCCUUUUUGUUCAUUGAAAUCUUUUUCAUUUCUUUUAUUUAUUUUUUAUGCCAAACACGUUAUUAGUCAAACAGUGUUUAUCCAUUUAGGACUUUAAACCAGAUCCUCUUCCAGGGAAGUGGAACCUUCAACCCAACCUUCUUUAACUAAAAUUGCCGUCACUAUGGUAACCGGCAAACACACUGAAGGUUCUUGUUGAAUGGAAGUCACAGCAGUCGUUCCCGCUCUAAUGCUCUUUGGAUUAGCGCUGUGGCUUCACUGGAAGAGGAUCCAGUUAGCACGGGUUCUCUCCGGGCGCUCCGGCUUCCCCAGAUCCAAAAAGAAUUGAAGAGUUUGAGAAAAUGUGAUUGUCAGCAUAGCCAGGACAGUAAAGCAAGGCAUUAAGCGCUGGCUGCUUUAUCGCUGCACCACCACACACCUCUGUUGGAAUGAGUCAAUAGCCUAAUACAACAUUUGUAAAGUGAUUUGAUUUGAUCUGAAAUGGUUUAUUUCAA